AUGAUUGAUAACUGUGGCUGGUUAAAUGAUUACGACACCAUGAAACAUUUGUUAACCCGGUUUAAACAUGAACAAAUCUGUUUAAACGAUAAGGCGUUCGGGUUUUUGCCUGUUCUUGAUUCGAGCCGAGCUCAGGCGUUGGAAUCUGUUUCGUUAGUGGUUCGGGUUUUGGGCGAGAUUGGGGGUUCGGUUGGUAGUACGGGUGUUUACGCCUUAAUUAGUAUGCUUUGUGCGACGGACUGUUUUGAAUUAGCGAACUAUGUGAUUGAGAUUACGGAAAAACGGGUGAGUUAUUACGCGGUUUUAGUUAGAGAAAAUUGUCGGAGAAGGCGCACGGAGGAAGCUUAUGGUUUGAUUAAGAAGAUGCGAGCAGUGGGGUGUGAACCGGACACUAAAAUGUAUAAUUACAUUUUAGGUUGUUUAUGUAAAAUGGAUAAGAUUUCUGAGGCUUUGAGUUUAGUGGAAGAGAUGAAGGAAACCGGUGUUGAUCCGGAUGAGAUAACGUUUGAGAUAUUGAUCUCGCAUGCUUGUAGACUUGGUAGGAUGGAUGUGGUGAGUGAGAGUUUUGAUAGGUUAAUCGACUCGGGUCAUGUUCCUAGGCUUUUGACGUAUGCUGCUAUUGUAAAAGGGUAUUUCAAUGCUGGAAGAUAUGAGGACGCGUAUGCGUAUGUUUGUGAUAUGGAAGCGAAAAGGAUGCCUCAGGCUAAUAAGAUGUUCAGCUUGCUUGCAAGGCUGCAUCGGACAAAUGGAAAUGUUGAUGGUGCUGCAAAGAUUCUUGAUGAAAUGAUGGAGAAAGGUUUGAAGCCCGAUUAUUCGAACUAUGCAAGAACCGUAUAUUCGCUAAGGCUCUUUCGUAGUUAUGAUGUAGCUCACAAUUUGCAAAAGAAAUUCUCUAAAUUUAGAGUUUAG